UGCUGAGAUUGGUCCACUGCCUACAAAUAUUGACAUGGAAGUCGACAAUGAUGAAGCCUACGAAGUCAGAACAGAUUGUGAAGGAAUAUAUGUAAAUUGAGAUGAGACGUGGAAAAAAGAAAGGAGUCAGUAAGGCAAGGAAGAAAGUAGUACAAGAAGAUACAGAAGUUGAGUUUAUCUGUACUUUACAUGGUGAAGGGGUAGACCAAGAUGAAGUUGUUCAAGAGCAUGCAGGAGCUGAAGGUGUUCAAGAACAGCAAAACCAUGAACAGAGAAACGAUGAACAACAACAGACAGAAGAGCCUGAAGAUGAAGUCGAAUUAUCUACUAAUGAAGAGACUGAAGUUGGAACCAACCGUAAGAGGAAGCGUGGACCGACAAGAAUGAAAGACCUAGCCAAAGACCCAAAUUCCAGAGUUCAUGUUGAUUUCAAUGCCAUGGGAGAAGCGUAUGGUGAAGGUUCAGUGAAGUUGUCUUCGUAUCUAGGUCCAUUGGUUAGGGAGCACGUUCCUGUCACAGUUGAAGGUUGGAAAAAACUCUCUGAAGAAGUGAAGACAGUUCUCUGGAAAUCUGUGCAGGCAAGGUUUGAAAUUGAUGAAGACUACCAUAGGGAUGCAGUGCUUAAGCAGAUGGGAGCGUUGUGGAGAUCAUCGAAGUCACGUCUUGUCACCCAAAUCAAUGAAUCCGAUAAUAACCAACAAAGGAUGAAGCUCAGACCAAAAAAUGUUCCUCCGGUUGAGUGGCGCAAAUUUGUGAAGUUGAAAACAAGCCAAGAAUUCAAGGCUGUGAGUGAUAGCUACAAGGAGAGAAGACGCAAACAGAUACCUCACACUUGUAGUCGGAAGGGAAUGGUUAGACUAGCAGAAGACAUGAAAAACAGUUCUGAUGACCCAUCUCAAGUGACAAGACUUAAAAUAUGGGUUAAGUCUCGUACCCGAAAAGAUGGAACUCCUAUAAACACAAAUGCGGCUGAAAAGAUUCAAAAGGCAGCUGAGCUUGGUAGUGGUGCCAAUCCAUCGUCUGCUAAAAAUCAAGAUGAGGAUACACUCGUCAAGCUGUUAGGACCUGAUAAUCCUGGUCGUAUGAGAGUAAUGGGCAGAAAUAUGAGUAAGACCAAGUUAGCUUGCUUCCAAGUUAAGCACAAGACUAUUUCUGAAAUGCAAGAGAAGCAAUAUGAACUCCAGGAAACGGUUAAUCAGUUAAAGGCUGAACUAGCAGCAGUGAAAAACCAGAGAGAAGAAUAUGAAGUUGGUGAAAACUCGGCGGCAAGGAGUGUGAACAAAAAAACAGAAAAAAAGUGUCUUAUAAUAGAUUGGGCUGAUGAAGAUGGCAACGUUGGUGAGGGCCGUAUUCUCUAUUCAGACCCAAACGAUAUAGUCAAUGACUGUCGUUUAGGACCUACAGAUGUUAAAGUAUUGGUUGACUCUGCUACUGAACCAGAAGCUUUCCUCUGGAGACCUGCAAAGAACAUGUGCACGAUUCAGGAAGCUGUUGGCCAUAUUAUUGCAUGGCCUAAGAGUAAAUGUGUUGAACUAGGCCAGGGCCUCCAACCAGAAGAUAUUGCUCCACUGGGCUCAAGAUCAAAUUCUCUCAACAAAUGCAAACUAUUGGAUUUAUCCGAUGAUAAUGUAGUUGUUGGUGAAGGACGCUGGCAGACGCAAGAACCAAAAGCUUUGGUGAAUGGACUUCCUCUCGGACCAAAGGCAGUAAAAGUUUUUCUGGAUGUUGUACAUGAACCUGAAACAUUUUUAUGGAGGCCUACGUUGGAAGUGGCAUACCUUGAGGACAGCGUAAUGACUUUUAUAUCAUGGCCCGCUCACAAAGUUGUAUUCGAAAACCCAGUGGAAGCAAGAACAAAAGUGUCUCCGACUCCAAAUACUGCAGGUCUUAAAGUUCCUUCUCCUGGGUCUACUGGAAGCAGCCUUAAAAAAAAUGGAAAAUCAAGAGCAACAACAUCAACUACUCCUACUACGAAGUCUUCCUCAAUGCCGCUAAAUGAUGGAUCCCAAGCUAUAAACGUGAAUCAGAAGUGCAAAUUGAUGGACAUCAGUGAGAGGAAACAAGUUGUUGCCGAAGGACGUGUGCAUUCAACAGACCCAAAUCAGAUGGUUCACUUUGUACGAUUAGGUCCGAACGCAGCUAGAGUGUGGGUAGAUGUAGUGUUGGUAGAUGAUGCAGACGUUUGGAGGAAGUCUGAUGAAAUGGAGAGCUUGAAGGAUGCACAUGGUUUUUCUAUCGCAUGGCCACUUGAUAAAUUGGUCAUAUUUUAAGAGGAACAGCAACUUGGGGGAAUGAAGAACUCUGGUCCAGCCUUUAAACAAGGCUACUGAACUUAUAAUUAUCUUAUGUGUAAGACUUUGUUUUCUGUUUUCAAUCGGCUGUGUAAACUUUAUGACUUAUGUUUAUGUGUAAGACUUUACGUCAUCUUCUAUGAAUGCUCUAUGAAUGCUUUUGUUGUUGUUUAUGAGAUUUGUUUUCUGAAAUCAA